AUGGAUGCGGUAGUUGUGCUUUGCCACUUCUGCGAGACCCACGGUCCCGCCAUCAUAAUGUGUACCCAGCCCCUGCGUCAGCAGGUCGUACCGAUGGUGCCGUCGCGUAAGACAUCUGCAGGCACGCCGCAUGCCUCAUCCAGCUGUGGCAGUUUUCACGUCGCCUCUACCUCCGCCUCUCAUGAGAGUACCAUCUGGCCAGCUGAACAAUUGACACACAAUCUCUUCUCCGAUAUCAUCACCUCAACGGCUCCACCUCAAUCUACGGGAGCGGUGCAGGACACUAACCCUCGGAUGCAGGCCUCCACAUCCUGUCGAGCUUGUUCCAUUAUAACUCGCGACGAAAUUGGUUUCGUAAGUCACGACUUCUCUGCGAAGACUGACUACGUCUCUACCCAGUUCCCCAGCGAUAUGGAACUCCUCAAAGCCGUUCGCACGGCAUGUAUGCGCAGUCUCUCCUGCGAGGUCAUUCCGGGUCGUGAAGGGCCUAUUUAUUUCGGCGAUGAUAUUAAUCGACACGUGAUCAGUUACAACUUCUUUGUCAAGGAUUCAAUGGCUCGAGGCUUUCAGGUCAAGUACAGCUUUCUACUUAUCUCCUGGAACCAGAUUUUCCUGCUCAAUCUUUGGCCUUUUGUUGUGAAGAGUUUUCAAACAAUGGCUAAGCGCCUGCAGGAGGCUGCGAAUCGGGUCUAUGAAGAGGAGACUUCAUCAGGUGCCUCAUCAACGACAGUAGCGUCCACGGCAGCAGCAGCGCGUUCAGCAACACCUCCGGCGGGUACCAAUUCACUGCGCCUUUGUCGCACACCACCACCUUCCUCUUCAAUGGCGUACCACAACACUUCAACUACUCCACCGGGUCGUGGUGCGCCUGCUCUUCUCUCCAAUCAGGCGGUAGCUGCAGGCUCUGCUCUUUCCCUUUCCAGCCAAGCCACUACCAGGAAACUCAGGGGCAUGCGGAUCACGGAGUCUGAAGUUCGAUCUCUUGCUGAACUUACAAAAGAUGAGCAGGUGUACUAUCGCGUGCACGCUUGGUUCACCUGGUUGUUGCGGGUGGCGGGUCGCAACUGGACCCCAGUGGAUCUAAAGAGUGCCCCUGUGGACGAAGAUGAGGUGUUUGCGGAGGAGCGCAAGAAUGGCCUCCUGUUAGGCCACAGUGGUGGAUGUGGUGACACGGUAGUAAGUGGGGCAUCGCGCAUUCCCUCAGGCGUUGUCAACACUGUUGAUCCUACCACCCUCACGCUGGGCUCCGAGCUCGGCUGGACUGAUGGUACUCCUGAGGUCGAGACGGCUGUGUGA